AUCCACACUCCAGUGCUCUUCGAGAAUCUGUCUUCCAGCCAAUUCGGGUGGAUACGGGCGGGAGUGUGUCGGUGUGCGGGUGUAGGUGGGUGGAUGUGGGUGUGGAUUUGGAAGAUCGACAGGUAUAUCUGCAUCCACAUACACACUCACACCCAUCCCACAACCAUACUCACUCACCCACACCCUCAGCAUUAAAUCUUUCACAAUAUGAUCGUUCUAGUAUUCAUCUUCGCAUUGUCAUAUCAAAAUACGCGAAUAAUCCAUAUGGAAAUGUACUUGAAACAUCACAAGAAAUUAUUGGCAAGAGGUCUAGAUCAAAUGAUGAAAUCAAUUCUUGCCUUCGACCAAGUUAUACUGAUAAUACAGAACUUUUACCAUUGUCAUUUUUAACAAAUAUGGGUUGA